AUGACCAAUUCCAACGAAGCCACCACCGGCGAAAAGCGCAAGCCGGACGAUGACGCCCAACCCCGCCCCGCAAAGGCCCAGAAGGUGGACGACAAGGUGCAGACAACCUUGGACGACACUAGCGGAUCCGGAGCGGCUAGCAGCAACGACAAGACGGGAAAGCAACAUGACAACCCACCCGAGCCCGGGGCUGAUCCCAAGUCCAACGACAAGAGUUCCAGCCAACACGAAACUGCUGUUGAGCCCCACGGCCGCGAAGGGGCCACGCCGUCCAAUAUACUCGAGAAAGGCAUCAUCUAUUUCUUCCUCCGUGGCCGCGUCGGCAUCGACCACCCAGAGCAGGUCUCCGACAUUGCACGCACCUUCAUCCUUCUCCGCCCUAUCCCAACAGACGCCAAGCUCGGCGACGGCCCCAUUGGCGACGCUGGCAACUCUCGCCUCAUCGCCAUCCCAAAGAAGAAACUUCCCAAGACCGGACGGGACCGCUGGAUCGCCUUCGUGGAGAAGACCAACGCGAGCUUUGACGACUUGAAAAAUGAUUUUCUCCCAGCCAAUGACUACGACACCAAGACGGCUGGUGUCAGACACUCGCCACCAGCUGUCCCGCUCGGCCAGGGUGUCUAUGCUUUGACCACGACCGGACGUGAAAGCCACCUUGCCUACAUGAUUACCCUCCCUUACGAGCUGGGAGAGGUGCAGACAACCAUCGGCCUCAAGGAGAAGGGCAGCUGGAUACUCAGUACCAGGAACCCCCAGUACCCUGCGCCGAGCAAUACUGGACUGCCCGAGAGCCCGGAAUAUUCCCACGAGAUUCUAGACGAGUUUCGUUCCCUGCGAUGGAUGGGAACAGUGCCCAAACACCUCGUACUCAACGCUCAGUUCCUCCUUGUGGGUGAGUCGUCUGGAAUCCAAAAGGCCAUGGAGCCAGACGAAGAGGACAAGGACGACAAAGACGCGAAUGAGCCUGUAGAGGAGAUGGAGGAGCUGGAGCACGAAGAUGUCAAGCGCAUGGAACAUCUCGGUAAGACAGACUCGGACGCAAUCUUCCUCGAUCUCGAGGCCAACCUCGGAGAAGAUGAUGAACUCUUCGGCGCACCGUUGGGCUGGGUCCCGAUGUCGGGGGCCUACUCGUUGCCUGAUCCAGCAUACACAUGGACAUCUGAUGACCGCAGCCUUAUUGAGGUUCUGGGAGGUGUCAUCGAGGACGGCAAAUUGAGAUUCCCGUCCCCGGAUCCAGGGGAAAUCCCGGAUUCAGAACAUGCUCAGCUAGAGGCCUCAGAAAAUGCCCAGGCUCCAGAGUUCCAGAAGAUGCACAGGCUUCAGAAGAUGCACAGGCUUCAGAAGAUGCUCAGGCUUCAGAGCAUGUCCAUAUCUCAGGAGAUUCUCAGGGCUCAGGAGAUUCCCAGGGUUCAGGAGAUGCCCUCAGUUCAGGAUAUCCCCUCAGUUCAGGAGAUACCCGCAGUUCAGGAGAUGCCCUCAGUUCAGGAUAUGCACUCCCUUCAGGAUAUGCCCUCCCUUCAGGAGAUGCCCUCAGUUCAAGAGAUGCCCUCAGUUCAGGAGAUACGGUCAGUUCAGGAGAUGCCCUGGGUUCAGAAGAUGCCCAGGGCUCACAAGAUGCUCAGGGCUCACAAGAUGCUCAGGGCUCACAAGAUGCUCAGGGCUCACAAGAUGGCCAAAGCAGCAGCAGUAUCGAUCCAAUCGAAGUCCCGCAACUACCUGACCAUCCUUCGGCUUGUUGGCCUAUCUGAUCCCGGGCUCGUCGAAGAGCUGGGAGGAACGUUCAUUAACGGCAUAGCCUAUUGCCCACUCGAUACUUGA